AUGAUCGCCUCUACUCUCCUCUCGAUCGUCGCUCUUGCUACUUCGGUCAGCGCCUCUGCGCUCCUCCAGAGGCGCGUCAACUGCCCUGGCGGCGGUGUCACGGCCAACGCGGCGUGCUGCGUUCUCUUCCCGAUUAUCAACGACAUCCAAGAGAACCUGUUCGAGAACGAGUGCGGUGACAACGCCCACGAGGCUCUCCGCUUGACAUUCCACGACGCGAUCGGCAUCUCCAAGACCAACGCUUCCUUCGGUGGAGGCGCCGACGGCUCCUUCGUUAUAUUCGGCGACGUCGAGACGCAGUUCCCCGCAAACGGCGGCACUGACGAGAUUGUAUCGCUCGAGAAGCAGUUCCUGGCUCGCCACCCCAACACGAUCUCCGUCGCCGACUUUAUCCAGCUCGCCGGCGCCGUCGGUAUCACCAACUGCCCCGGUGCCCCGCGUCUUCAGUUCCUCAUGGGCCGCAAGGACGGUACCGCGCCGGCGCCAGAUGGCACCGUGCCGCUCCCCUUCGACUCUGUCGACAAGAUCCUUGCCCGCAUGGCUGACGGUGGUAGCUUCACCCCGACCGAGGUCGUUGCUCUCUUGACCGCCCACACCGUCGGUGCCUCCGACAACGUCGACGCCACCAUCCCGCGUACUCCGUUCGACUCGACGCCCAGCCUUUUCGACAGCCAGUUCUUCCUCGACACGCAACUUAAGGGCACGCUAUUCCCGGGUGCUGAUGGAGGCAACGAGGGAGAGGUCAUGUCACCUCUCGCCGGCGAGAUCCGUCUGCAGUCCGACCACGACUUUGCCCGCGACUCGCGCACUGCGUGCGCAUGGCAGGCAAACGUGAACCAGCAGACCCACAUGGCCAACGCCUUUGCCGCUGCUAUGGCUAAGCUUGUUGUUCUUGGCCAGAACGAGAAGUCUCUAAUUGACUGCUCCGACAUGAUUCCGGCAAACAGGGUCCUCUCCAAGACUAUCACCUUCCCCGCUGGUCUCUCAAACAAGGACAUCGAGCAGGCUUGCGAGACCUCCGCCUUCCCCACUCUCAAGACCGACCCCGGCCCGGCUACCUCGGUCGCUCCUGUCGCACCGGGUGUGUCCGCCGCUCCUUGA